AGACGAUCGAUCAAGUAUUAUUCUCUGUUGUUACACAAAAAAAAAAAAAAACGUAUUACUCUCUAUUCUCUGCUAUGAUACGCCCACACCGCCCGGCGCACUUUAGCAGCCAUCAUUCAAUCCCGGACGGGACCACCAAUUCGUUGGCAAUUCCAAUGUGCAAAACGAAGAAGAGCACAGACGCGAUCGAACCCAAGAGAGCGGAUGCGGAGCCCCGGAAGUCGUUUAAUUCAUCCUUCUCUUCGCUCCCAGACCCGUCCGCCAACAAUUUCACUAGCACCGCCAACUUCCCCAACACCGGUUCCAGCAACAAUUACAAGAAUUACUCGUCCAAGUCUUCGGCCUCAAGCCGAGCAUCUCUGUCUAGCCUCAAGGACUCUCUUCCUGAAAACACUCACGUCUACGACUUCUCCGAAAUCCGCGCCGCCACCAACAACUUCCUCGCGAAGAAAUUCUCCUCCUCGUCCUCAUCCGCCGGGUGGCGCUGCACCGUUCGGAGCAAGGAGGUCAUCGUCUUCCAGCGGAAGCUCCGCCGUCCGAUGGAAUUGCCGGAGCUACAGGGCCGGGUCUUGACGAUUGGCCGGAGCCACCACAGCAGCUUGGUCAAGCUCCUCGGCGCGUCGAUGUCCGGGAAUUACAUUUACCUAGUGUACGAGUUCGUCGACGGCGCGAACCUCUCGGAGUGCCUCCGGAACCCUAGAAACCCUAGCUUCACGGUCCUCUCCACCUGGCUCUCGCGCAUGCAGGUCGCCACGGACCUCGCGCACGGCCUCGAGUACAUCCACCAUUGCACGGGGCUGAGCUCAGGCUUCGUCCACAACCACAUCAAGAGCUCCAGCAUCAUCGUCACGGGAGGGUCUCUAAACGCGAAGAUCUGCCACUUCGGCACCGCGGAGCUGUGCGGAGAAAUCGUCGAAAACCACAGCUCCGAUUCGGCAAAAUUGAAAAGAUCGGACAGUCGAGGAAUAAAGCUCGAGGGGACGAGAGGGUACAUGGCGCCGGAGUUUCAGUCCACUGGCAUCGCCUCGCAGAAGAGCGACGUGUACGCGUUUGGUGUGGUGGUAUUGGAGCUCCUGUCCGGAGAGGAGGCGCUCAAGUACAGCUUUGACGAGGAGGGUGGUGGGUAUAGGAGGGUGAGCGUGAUAGACACGGCGCGUGAGACGGUGGUGGAAGGUGGUGGUGAUGGGAUGGUGAGGAGGUGGGUGGAUAGGCGGCUGAAGGACUCGUACCCGGUUGACGUGGCGGAGAAGAUGGUGCGCUUGGGGUUGGAUUGCGUGGAGGAGGAUCCGGAUAAGCGGCCGGAUAUGAGUCGGGUCGCGCUUUGGGUUUCCAAGUUGUAUAUGGAGUCUCAGAAAUGGGCGGAGCGGAUCGGCAUGCCCACGGACUUCUCGGUUUCGAUGGCCCCUCGAUGAAGUCCCUAGUUGUUACCGGUUACCGACUGCUUGAAUUAAUUUUUUGUUUGGAUUUUUUUUAUAAAAACAAAAAAAAAAGAAUUAUAGGUUUUAGAGUUUGACUAAUUCUUUUUAAAUACACUGUUAAGGAUAUUGACAGAAGCUUGCGGAUAUUUGUAUAUGUUGUCAAUAACACUAAAA